AUGGCCAACAGGAAGAAGAACAGCAGGCCCAGUACUGACAAUGAACACAAGUUCAUCCCUAAGGAUGACGAUGACCAAACCCUUUGGGAGGCCCUCGAGAUUACUGACGAAGAUGAUGAAGCUUUUAGGAUUCGAUGGGCGGGCCUUAACCCCAAGACAAAAAGGCCAUGGCCACUGCAAUGGGUACUCAAAGAAGAUGUUACCGAUGAUUUGGUGAAGGCUUGGAGGCAGGUCAAGCCCAAGAGAAGGAGGUCAGCUUCCACAGCAAAGGUGUCCACCUCCAGCAACAGAUCUGCAUCAGGAAGGGUGAGCAUGGUGCACAAGACACACAAGUCUCCCAUUAAGAGACAGCCAGCACCAUCCCAAAGGACAGGGCAAGCUCAUCCUGGUCUGUCAAGCAGCCCCGGCACGGUCAUCAUCCCAGCUGCUGCAAAGCGCAAGAGAGAUGCCAGUGAACCAACAGCUCAAGAAGAGGACACAGGCCUGGCAGUACAUAAGAGAAGGAAAAUCCAUCUGCUGAACCAGAGGAGUCAAGUAGCUAGUCUUCCCAGCCUCUUGCCACAACAUGAGGUUCCAGUAGAGGCAGCUCAAAAUGAGAAGCAUGAUCCUAACAUUAUAGACCUACCACUACCUGAGCCAGAUCUUUUGCCAGAACCAUCCAGCAUGCUUGACUUUUGGGCCAACCCCUUUGCUCCUGGUGACACUGUCAUAGGCAACAGCAGCAGAGACACAGUGGUCUCAGAAAGCCAGCCCAGAGGUGACAGUCCAAGCUUGGAUUCAAGCCCUGCUGGGCCUCCUCAGACCAGAGCUGAGCCAGCACCCUCUGUCACCUCAAAACCACUGAAGCCAAGGCAAACAGCACCCCACAACAGCCUUGAAAAAGCAUUGGGUUCUCUGCCACACCUCUCACCCUCUGUCUUUCACCCCUACCUUGACCAGCCGCUCUCACCUAUUGAGCAAUUUGAUUCCCCGGUCAAGUCUCCAAAACCUGCACAGAAUCUGACAGGAGCACGACAGGCACCCAACAGUAAAGCUCCCCCGGACACAGAUCUCAUAAUAGCGGAGCGGCUAGAAGAUGAGCUUCUCGACUGGACAGGCGGUAUUACACCUGACUUGCAAGACACCGCCCAUCAGCUUCAGGAACUGACGGCAGUAGUUCAGAAGCUUCGAGAUCACGUUGCAGAUUACGAGAAAAAGACGACGGACCUUAUCGCUGCACGCGAUGCACGCGACAUCGAGAACGCUCAGCUACGGGAGGAGCUUACCGCCCUCCGCACCGAACUCGAUAUUACGCACAAAGCCGCGGAUGACCAGAAGCGAACGUUCGAGGAACAGCUGCGCGAGCUGCAGAAGGGGGCUGAACAGUGGAAGGAGCUGUACGACACUGAGCGGACGAAGGACAGGCCCGUGGACGACGACAUUCAAAGAAAGGCGGCAGAACACCCGGAGCUCAAGGCCGAGAUUACCGCAUCGAAGGCCAGGAUCUCCGAGCUCGAGGCGCAACUAAUCGAGCUGCAAAACGAGAAGUCGUCGCUGCGGAAGACUGUUGCUGGUAUACUGGUCGGCGACGAGGACCAUGACGAGAACCCGGACGCCUUGACCGCAAAAACUAUAUGGCUCGAGGCUCGUGUGAAAGGGCUAUUGGAACGUCUGGAACAUCUGGAGUCUGAGAAGAGCGGGCGCGCGGAGCGCGAAGAGGGCCCUGCAGAAGAGACCCAGAACAAGCACUUGCACGGAGAGGUCGACGACGAGCGCGAAGAAUUCUCCAUGGAAUCUCAGGCAUUUCCGGUAAAUGCUUGGGCAUGCAUUCACCGCUUUGCGCCUGGCGAUGAAUGCCUGGAGAGCUUCUCCAGCCGAGCGGCUCUUCGUGACCAUUACAUGGCGGUUCAUGUCCCCGAGUAA